CCUCCUUGUGUCAUCUCCAUCCUUCUCCACCCUCUCCAGUGUCAUCUCACACACCCUGCUCCACACACCGUCUGCUGGAAGUUUCUCCAAUGAUGAUCACUGAGCCCCCUGAGGACCCCCCCAGCUACAACGCCAUCUCCACCCCCGCUGUGUCUCCUCCCACGUACUCACCACUGUACAGUGCAGGGAGAGAAACCGCUAAAGGAGUUCCUCCAGGACUGCAGGACCUGCUCCAGGUGAACCAGCUCUCCAUCCAUGAGAGAUUCUCGGUGUCACAAAGAUGGGCGAGGAGCUUUGACGUUCUCGAUCGCAGAGGCCGGCGAGUGUAUGGGGCCAAUCAGCACGUCGAGUGUUGUGGACCCAACUUUGAUCUGAGGGUCAGAGACAGCCGAGGGGACGCAGUCAUGGAUGUUAUUGAGCGCAACUGCUGCGGGUGUUCGAGAGAGGCAGACGUGACUCUCCCUGAUACUGAGUGCCUCGGAUUCGUCUCUUUCCCCUCCAAUAACUUCAUCACCCACUUGUCCAUCAUGGACUCCUCAAGGGAGGUCCUUCUCCUAAUCCUGGGUCCCAGCCUCAAGAUCAGUAUCUUCGGGAACAUCUCUUUUGAGGUGAAAUCUCGGGAUGAGCAGCAUGUGGUGGGGAUGAUAAGGAGUGAGGGGAACCAGUACACGGUCAUAUUCCCAAUGGACCUGGAGGUGACGAUGAAAGCCAUGCUUCUGGCCUCCUGCUUCUAUCUGGACUCCAUCAUUUAUGACCAAAAACGGAGCAUCACAGACCGGCCCAGCAGCUGACCUGUGACCUCUUACACCAUGACCUGUUACACCACGACUUGUAACCCAUUACACCAUGACCUGUGACCUGUUACGCCGUGACCUCCUACACCGCGACCUGUUACACCACGACUUGUAACCCAUUACACCAUGACCUGUGACCUGUUACACUGUGACCUGUGACCUGUUACACUGUGACCUGUGACCUGUUACACCAUGACCUGUGACCUGUUACACCGUGAACUUUGAUCUGUUACAUCGUGACCUAUUACAUCGUGACCUGUUACACUCUGACCUGUUACACUCUGACCUGUGACCUGUUACACCAUGACCUGUGACCUGUUACACUCUGACCUGUUACACCGAGACCUGUGACCUGUUACACCAUGACCUGUGACCUGUUACACUCUGACCUGUUACACCAUGACCUGUGACCUGUUACACUCUGAUCUGUUACACUGAGACCUGUGACCUGUUACACCAUGACCUUUUACACUCUGACCUGUGACCUGUUACACCGUGACCUGUGACCUGUUACACUCAGACUUGUGACCUGUUACACUGUGACCUGUGACCUGUUACACCAUGACCUGAGACCUGUUACACUCUGACCUUUUACACCGAGACCUGUGACCUGUUACACCAUGAUCUUUUACACUCUGACCUGUUACACCAUGACCUGUGACCUGUUACACUCUGACCUGUUACACCAUGACCUGUGACCUGUUACACCAUGACCUGUGACCUGUUACACUGUGACCUGUGAUCUGUUACACCAUGACCUGUGACCUGUUACACUCUGACCUGUGACCUGUUACACCAUGACCUGAGACCUGUUACACUCUGACCUUUUACACUCUGACCUGUGACCUGUUACACCAUGACCUGUGAUCUGUUACACCAUGACCUGUGACCUGUUACACUGUGACCUUUGACCUGUUAAACCAUGACCUGUGACCUGUUACACCAUGACCUGUGACCUGUUACACCGUGACCUGUGACCUGUUACACUCUGACCUGUGACCUGUUACAACGUGACCUGUGACCUGUUACACUCUGACCUGUUACACCAUGACCUGUGACCUGUUACACUGUGACCUGUUACACUGUGACCUGUGAUCUGUUACACCAUGACCUGUGACCUGUUACACUGUGACCUUUGACCUGUUAAACCAUGACCUGUGACCUGUUACACUGUGACCUGUUACACUGUGACCUGUUACAUUGUGACCUCUGACCUAUUACAUUGGGACCUGUAACCUGUUUACCAAAAAUUGGGUAUAAUAUUGUACUUGUUUGCAUUAAAGUGUAUUUUUUCCCCAAAAAA